UCUGACACUUAAUAUAAGGAAGAAAUGAUAUUCUCAGUGACGGCACAUGUGGAUGAGGUUCCGGCUGCGGACAUAGCCGUGCACCAUUCGGCCAGUGGUUGGAAGUCGUCGGAACUUCGGCCGACGCACCGGCGUGCGAAUGGAAUUAGACCAGCUGGCGGACAAAAUGAGAACAUGAACGGCAUUCAACUGAAACCGAUGCCCCGCUACAUGCGGACGGAAUUCGACGACGAGGAGACGAGCAGCGCAAGCAGCGUCCCCGUCGACGCCUCGGUGACCGGAAGCUCGACGCUGCUGACGGACGCCAAGGCUGGAAGAGGUCCGCCUCCGGCGCCUCUGGGUGUCCGUUACUCGGUCUCUGGCGCAUCGCGGCAUCGCAGGGGUUUCUGGCAACGCCUCUCACCCCUCGAGCGCUUCCUGCUCGUUCUGGUCGGGCUUCUUGCAUUCGUUGUCUUCGUACUCUCCAUAGUCGUCAGUGUCAAUACGGGUACCGUUCGCGAAAGAAUAAUCGAGAGCUACAAAGCACCUGUAGAAAGUAAAUAUCCCGCCGCUGACGACGAUGCGCCUCUUGUCGUCAUGUGCCUUCUUUAUUUUUCAGAAUACUGUGUCACCCCAGCUUGCGUGACAGUAGCCAGUUCCAUAUUGAACGCAAUAGACUUAGAAGCUGAUCCAUGCGAGGACUUCUACCAGUACUCAUGCGGUGGAUGGAUCAAGUCCAAUCCGCUUCCCGAUGGAAAGUCCAUCUGGGGAACCUUCGGGAAGCUUUGGCAGGAGAACCAACUAGUCAUGAAGAAUGUUCUAGAGGACGAAAAGACGGAUACCAAGAGCGAAGCGGAGAGGAAAGCCCGGAUAUAUUACCACUCAUGCCUUGACAAAAAUGACACCAUCGAGGCACUAGGAUCACAACCAAUCAUCAAUGUGCUAAACAUCGUAGGUGGGUGGAACAUAAGCGGCAACUACAGCAUGGACGACUGGGAUUUGGAGCACGCGCUUCGCUUAAUCCACAACGUGUACUCGCGCUCUGGCCUCUUCUCCUGGGCUGUUGGCGAGGACGAACGUAAUUCUUCGCGGCACAUCCUCCAGGUGGACCAAGGAGGUCUACUGUUGCCGUCAAGAGACUACUACCUUAAUAAAUCUGCCGAUGAUAAGGUGCUCACGGCAUACCAUUUGUACAUGACGACGGUCGGCGUACUACUCGGAGGAGAUGAGGCCUCUGUCAAAUCUCAAAUGGAGGGCGUCAUAGAAUUUGAGAAGGCGCUUGCGAAGAUCACAAUACCCGCGGAAGAACGCCGAGAUGAUGAACAGUUGUACCACAAGAUGACAAUUGAGCAGCUGCAGGGCAUCGCGCCUUUUAUCAACUGGACGAGAUAUUUCGACAUAGCCUUCUCGCAGAUCAACAAGACCAUCUCAUCGAAGCAAGAAGUUGUCGUCUACGCGCCUGAAUACAUGUCCAACAUGUCGAGCCUCGUGCGAGAGUACAUGAGCACCGAGAAUGGCAAAGUGGUUAUAUGCAACUACUUGGGAUGGAGCCUGGUACAUUCCAUGGUCUCCUACCUUUCUGAGCCAUUCCGAGAAGCCUCGAAAGUACUUCGCAAGGCACUGAUGGGCUCUGACGGUUCUGAUACCACAUGGAGGUAUUGUGUGACGGACACCAACACCGUGAUCGGCUUUGCACUGGGCGCGAUGUUCGUUCGAGAAGUCUUUGACGGAGACAGCAAGCCGCUUCCUGCUGGCAUCAUGAACAGGGCUCAGAACAUGAUACAAGAAGUGAAAGAUGCAUUCAAGAAUAACCUUCCAUUGUUGAAGUGGAUGGAUCCUGAAACGAGGGAACUUGCAAAGGAAAAAGCAGAUGCCAUCAACAACAUGAUCGGAUUCCCAGAUUUUAUCACAAACCCCAAGAAGCUUGACGAGAAAUACAAAGGGCUGGAGUUUAUGGAGAACGAAUACUUUGAAAACAACAUCCGCGUCAGCCAGUUCUUGCUCAGGAAGAACAUGUUGCGUCUGUACAGGCCAACAAACAAAACGGAAUGGGAGAUGACGCCUACCACAGUGAAUGCUUACUAUACUCCAACUAAGAACCAAAUCGUUUUUCCGGCAGGCAUCCUACAGGCCCCGUUCUACGACCCCAAUUACCCCAAGUCUCUCAACUUCGGUGCCAUGGGCGUAGUGAUGGGGCAUGAGCUGACGCAUGCAUUUGACGAUCAAGGUCGGGAAUACGACAAGACUGGCAACCUGCACCAAUGGUGGAAGAACGCAACAAUUCAGAGCUUUCAGAGCAGGGCUCAGUGCUUCGUGGAUCAGUAUUCCAACUACAGCAUCAAUAACGAAAAUUUGAAUGGGAAGCAAACAUUAGGAGAAAAUAUCGCCGACAACGGGGGCCUCAAGGCUGCUUUCCAUGCCUUCGAAGACUGGCUCCAGGCUCACCCGGACGAAUUACCGCUGCCUGGUGUAAACCUGACGCACAAACAGCUCUUCUAUGUGGGCUUUGCCCAGGUGUGGUGCUCUACGGAGACACCGGAAGCCAUUCACCUGCAGAUACUCAGUGACCCUCAUUCGCCAGCCAAAUACAGGGUUGUAGGCACAGUGUCAAACUCGGAUGAGUUCGCCCGUGAGUUCAGGUGCCGGAAAAGCAGGCCCAUGAACCCCAAGAAGAAGUGCGAAGUUUGGUGAUUGGGAGAUCCGAUCGUUCAAUCGUGAACUCGUGACGAACAGCUUGCCGAAAAUAUCUCCGGCGGUCUGGAAGACGUCACACAUGAAGUCAUCGGGUCCAGGCAGAGCGAAUAUGUGUAGUCGUACCAUUCAGAAUCUCCUAAGUCCCCAUUUCCCCACGUGUAUCAUGUAUGGUCCAAAAUCAAACUCAGGCACAGUGUAACAGCUGCUACGUUUAUAAUCGCCGACUGCACUGUACAUAAGUUGUAUAAUGUCGUAUUUAGCCAUAGUCGGCGACCUUCACAGUGUCCACCAUGUAAUCCACUGUGGACGUUGAGUGACCUUGUACAUAAAGAGGCCGUUCUGCUUUGAAGAGCCCUUAGGGGGCUAUCGGUUUCGAUGGUCAUGUCCAGCAUUUUGAUCUGAAUGCCGCAAAGACGAUGUGUGAAUAUCACUGGACAUAUGAGGGCCUUGUUUAUAAACCCCUGUUGUCCUUGGUGCUCCGCGAGUGAAGAAUUCUCGCGCACCAGGCUGUGUUCGAUGUAUCCCAUUAAGAGUCUUGACUGACUAUUUAUUUGUAUACCUCGGUCGGGAGCAGCUUGACCUGGGCGAAAUUGUCCACGCGGCCAUGCAGUUCUUGUACCGUUGCAAGCAAUGGACAGUUUUAGCUGAACGACGUUUACGACACGCUUCAUUCAGUCGGCGGGUGACAGAUCGACUGCGCAUGCGCGCCACGCUCAGCUGUCUGUCAUGUAUAAUAAACUGUAUGAAGCUAAUGAAACGCGGUUAUUUAUUUGUUUUUUUCAGAAACAAUAUGUUUGAUGUACGUAUAUGUUGUGGAUUCGUCGUCCGGCGCUCUUCGCCAGCGGAGAAGGAGAGUGUUGUUUCCUCCUCACACACCGCGCAAUGGGUAAAGUAAACAGACCUUCCCCUUGCUCCUAUUCCCUUUCUCACGAGCAAUGUGCUGCCCACCAGGCAGACCGCUCGUCUGCCUCCCCCGGCGCGGGCUCGUGCGCUGAACCCGUAAGCGGAGCGUGAACGUAUAAGAACACGCUCAGCUAAAACUGUCUAAUAUCACCUUGUGAAAUGGGUGUGUUGGUAAGCGUAUAUUGCGUGAGGUAGUCAUUGUAUAGGCAAGUAGAAGUCGCCUUGAAAGUUUUGAGGCAGAGAAUAAUAUCCAUUCUUGUGAUACGCGUAUACAUAUCUUCCGUGAAUUCCACAGGGUAAACGCUCGAGUUGAGCGCAUGUGUUUAUCGGUGAAUGACAACAGGCGGCGCUACAGAAGUGUUUUCUGUGCAUUGGUGUCGGACGGAGCACUCGGUGGCAUCAGAUGCAAGUUUCCUAAUAUCUGUUUCUGAGAACCAGGCGUUUGCUCGUCGUCUUGUUUUUGAAAGAAUGCCGGCUGCAUUCCGAUAUAACAUCAGUGAAUGGCUCUGUAUUGAACGUCGUGUGAAACACACAGUGUCUAUAGGAUGGAUGAGGUUUGCAUAUAUUCUACAUUUCGUUUGAGCAUUCUGACCACGCGUGUCGCGCAGGCUGAAGAAAGACAAGCCUGGGAUUCGGUUUUUACUGAUACUGGAUUCAUGUGGUCCCCUCAAGUGAGCACAGUAUUGGCGUGCCCCUUUUAUCACUCACAAUGCAGAUCGAUUUGUACAAAAAUAUAUUGUCCUUUAGAUAAACUGUGGGUGUUUAAUACUGUCUAUUUUCUUCGCAAAGUACAUACGACCACUGCCUAGUCAAUAUGUAUACUAUGUCAUUACGUUUUAUUUGCAGCGUAGAUAUCGGACAGCGACGCAAACGCUUAUUCGAAGCUUGGUUUUCCCCGUGCCACUUUUGUGUUGUUCGUGCUGUAAGUGAUGUGUCGAUAUCUCCACUGUGUAUAUAUGAACAAAUAUUCUUCUUCUUUUUUUCUUGUGUACCGCUGGGUAACGACGUAUAUAUGUAUAUGCCGGUGGUUCGAAGACAUUGUCAAUGUGCACAUUCGUCGUUCAUCUGCUAUGUAAUCUCUGAAGGACUGAUAGGAAUUCGGCGAAUUUAUGCAUGACGUCCCCCACAGAGACGCAAGCUCGGCAAAGACGGGCUGGGAAUUUUUUGGCAGAGAACUUGGUAAUAAACUGUCUCGAUAGGGGCCCAUCCAACACGCGUUAUCACACUCGAGUUUGUGAGCGAUAACAUGUGAUAUGAAUCUGAUGUCGACGUUUUGAAAAGUAUGUGUAACGAGCCCUCUAUGUAUUUGCAUAUCUACGCAAAGUACAUAUGCGCGGUAUACGCAGCAGUAUAUAUUUUCUGAAUGGUCGAUUAGCAUACCAAGAGGAAAUGCUACAAGUGAAAUGCUACCACGCAGAGUUCAUGUCUCGUCAGCUUGAAGGACGCACCGCGAGAACUGGCUCCGGUUCUUUGGUUUCCCGUUAAACCUCGAUGUCUUUGAUGGAAUGUAACAGCACGUUAACGCACACGUUAGGCAUUCAAAGUAGCUAGCACGUGACGUUUAGGUCUCCGUUACAAGUUCUGGUGCAGUCAUGUGGAAUAGUAAUUCUGAUAUACUUGCGGUGCGCUCGUCGUUGCUUUUGCCAUUCCUGUAAAUGCCAUUUCCCCAAGCAGAACAACAUGUUUGUCCAAUAUUGGACCAAUAUUGGCAAUGUCGGCCCAAUGUUGGGCCGGUAUUGCGAAUAUUGGUGCAAUAUUGUGCCAACAUGUUGUACCGUUUGGGUCGUGUGCACUUUUGUACAUCCCUGUAUAAAUUGACCGUCGCGAUGAUGCUCUUUAAUCGUUAAUAAGGCGUUCAUAAUCAUUAAAGGGACACUAAAAUGCGAAAAGAAAUGACUCGUACUGAAGGAUUUGAAUCUUGAACCCUGAAGAUGAACCUGAAAGCGAACCUUCAAACCAGCGUAAAAGUAACGUGAUGUACGCGUUGUGUCGUUCUAGCACUCCGCGAUGACAUUUUUUGCACUCUAGUGGCCCUUUAAGCAUUCCUUGCGUUCUGAAACGAUUGUCCUCUGACAUGUUUUCCGCUAAAACGGAAUAAGCGAAUACGAAUAAAGCGAGACGUUGUUUUUCUUAA